UCUUAGGGGAGGUAACAGUGGACUGUGCGCCUCUUUCCCUCUUUUACCAUUAAAAGCCAUAUGAUCACCUGUGCUACAUUUUGGGGGGCUUAUUCAUAUCCGAGGAUAAAUGGACGAUACAUAAACUUCUGAAUUUAGGACUGGGGGAGAUGGCGGGCCUUUAAAUCCCGGGAACUACAUCUCCCAGGCUUUCUCGUUGGGUCCCGCCCGGCGCAUGCGCAAACUAUACAGCCCGGUUCAGCGGGAGUGCUGUCCUUCUGCCGUGCUCCCAUUGGCCCGCCCUAUCCAGCCAUCUCAAGUAUUCAGCACCCAGGUCUCUUACUGGUCGGUAGAGCUUCCGGGACACCGCCCCCUUUUUUUAAGAGUCAACUGAUUAGUUGCUGAUGGGGAGAGGCGGGUCUUGGGGGACCGUCUCAUGGCUGGGGGGCGGGAGGGAAAGAUGGCGGAACUGAUGCUGCUCAGCGAGAUUGCGGACCCAACACGUUUUUUCACCGAUAACUUGCUGAGCCCGGAGGACUGGGGUCUGCGGAACAGCACCUUGUAUACUGGCUUAGAUGAUGUCGCGGAGGAGCAGACGCAGCUCUUCCGUUGCCCAGAGCAGGAUGUCCCGUUUGGCAGCAGUUCCCUGGAUGUGGGGAUGGAUGUCAGCCCUCCUGAGCCACCCUGGGACCCCCUGCCUAUCUUUCCAGACCUUCAGGUGAAGUCUGAGCCAUCCUCCCCCUGCUCCUCUUCCUCCCUCAGCUCUGAAUCAUCGCGUCUUUCCACAGAGCCCUCUAGCCAGGUCCCUGCUGUAGGGGAGGUGCUGGUUGUGAAGACAGAGUCCUUGGCACCCCCACUCUGCCUCCUAGGAGAUGAUCCAACAUCCCCAUUUGAAACGGUCCAGAUCAAUGUGGGUCCCACCUCUGAUGACCCCUCAGAUGUCCAGACCAAGCUAGAGCCUGUCUCUCCAUCUUCCUCCAUCAACUCUGAGGCUUCCCUGCUCUCAGCAGAGUCCCCCAACCAGGGUUUUAUAGGAGAGGAGGUACUGGAAGUGAAGACAGAGUCACCAUCCCCUCAAGGGUGUCUCCUGCGGGAUGUCCUAGGCCCCCCACUUGGAGGUGUCCAGAUCAGCAUGGGCCCAUCCUCCGAUGGCUCCUUAGGCAAAGCCCUGCCCACCCGAAAGCCACCGCUGCAGCCCAAACCUGUGGUGAUAACCACUGUCCCAAUGCCACCCAGAGCUGUGCCUCCCAGCACCACCAUCCUUUUGCAGCCUCUUGUCCAACCACCCCCAGUGUCACCAGUUGUCCUCAUCCAAGGUGCUAUUCGGGUCCAGCCUGAGGGGCCGACCCCCCCUGCUCCAAGGCCUGAAAGGAAGAGCAUUGUUCCAGCUCCUAUGCCUGGGAACUCCUGCCCACCUGAAGUGGAUGCAAAGCUGCUGAAGCGGCAGCAGCGAAUGAUCAAGAACCGGGAGUCGGCCUGCCAGUCCAGGAGGAAGAAGAAGGAGUAUCUGCAGGGGCUGGAGGCUCGGCUGCAGGCUGUGCUGGCCGACAACCAGCAGCUCCGCAGGGAGAAUGCUGCCCUCCGGCGGCGGCUGGAGGCCCUGCUGGCCGAAAACAGCGAGCUCAAGUUAGGGUCUGGAAACAGGAAGGUGGUCUGCAUCAUGGUGUUCCUUCUUUUCAUUGCCUUCAACUUUGGACCUGUCAGCAUCAGUGACCCUCCUCCAGCUCCCAUCUCUCCUCGGAUGAGCGGAGAGGAGCCUCGACCCCGGAGACACUUGCUGGAGUUCUCAGCGCAAGAGCCGGUUCAUGGAGUUGAACCCCUCCAGGGUUCCUCCCUGGGCCCUGAGGAGCCCCAGCCCAGCCCCCCAGGCCGGCCAAGUUUCAGGAACCUGACAGCCUUCCCGGGGGGCAGUGCCAAGGAGCUGCUGCUGAGAGACCUGGACCAGCUCUUCCUCUCCUCUGAUUGCCGGCACUUCAACCGAACCGAGUCCCUGAGGCUUGCGGACGAGCUGAGCGGCUGGGUCCAGCGUCACCAGAGAGGCCGGCGGAAGAUCCCCCAGAGGGCCCAGGAGAGACAGAAGUCUCAGCUCUGGAAGAAGUCGCCUCCAGUUAAGGCAGUUCCCACCCAACCCCCUGGGCCCCCAGAAAGGGAUUCUGUGGGCCAACUGCAGCUAUAUCGCCACCCAGACCGUUCACAGCCAGAGUUCCUGGAUGCAAUUGACCGACGAGAAGACACAUUUUAUGUUGUGUCCUUCCGAAGGGACCACUUGCUGCUCCCUGCCAUCAGCCACAACAAGACCUCUCGGCCUAAGAUGUCCCUGGUGAUGCCUGCCAUGGCCCCCAAUGAGACCCUGUCAGGCCGGGGGGCUCCAGGAGACUAUGAGGAGAUGAUGCAGAUCGAGUGUGAGGUCAUGGACACCCGGGUGAUUCACAUCAAGACCUCCACGGUGCCUCCCUCGCUCCGAAAACAGCCAUCCUCGACCCCAGGCAAUGCCACAGGUGGCCCCUUGCCAGCUUCUGCAGCCGGCCAGGCACGCCAGGCCUCCCACCAGCCCCUCUACCUCAAUCACCCCUGACCUGUGCAACUCACACUGACUUAGAGCUGGUGGUGGGGGACGGGAGGUGGGGGGUGACCAAGUGGGGCUUUUCUAAGUUCUCUGAUCCCUGGGCUUGGGGCAAUUGGUAAAGGAAAGACAGGGUGUGGGGUUAAGCCCUUAUUUGGGGGUGAGGGGGUUUACCUCUCUUCUCACCCCUUUUUGGAAUAUAGGGCUCCUCUCAUUUCUCUGAACCCCUAAUUCCUGCUUCUUUCGAGAUUAAGUUUUGGGGUAGGUGGACUCCUGCACACUCUUUAUUCUUUUGUUUCUCUGUUUAGGGGGUGGAGGUGGGAAUUUGGUCCCCGGGAGGGACAAGGGACAUUUUUACAUUUUGGAGCUAGUUACUGGGAGUAAAGGAGGGAUGGUGGUGGGAGAUCAGGUUUAUGUAUAUGUAUAUCUUCUUUUUUAUUAUUAAAUAAACAACUUGGAGGGAGUUGAAGGAAUGGUGACUGCCUUCCUGGCUCAGGACGGGGAAUUGGGGGAAAGUGGCUUCUGUACUGACAGUAUAUCAGACAACCAAGCACUGAAGACAUAGCUGGCUCUGGGGUGGGAUGGGUGUGGGAUCCCAGACCUCAUGUCAUUCCCUUGUCCCCGCCCCUACAACACUGGGGCAUGUCUGUGUCUAGCGGUGGGGGUGGCGGGGGGCGGGGGGGGGAUGAGGGUGGGAUGUCUCCUGGCAUGACAGCCCUGAGGAUACAGAUCCCUGGAAUGUGUCUGAGUAAACAGGAAGGACAGGGGGCCCCACGCCCUUUGGGGUAAGCAGCGUCCCUGGGUCUCCUGCAUUCUAGCAGGUUCUCCCUCCCCUCCCUUGAUUUCCAGGACGAGCAACUUGAACAAACAGCAGAGCUGGGGCCAGAAGGCUGUGAGCCAGAAAGGAGGGGCCACAGUGGAGAAGGGAGCAGUGUUUGGAGGGAAGGGGAGAUGUUCAAGAGCAUCUUCUUAGCCCUAAACUUGGGGAGACUGAGACUUGUGAGUCCAGGUGAAAGAAAAGGAUGAGAACGGACCUGGCAGGAAAGGCUGUGCUUCUAAUUAGGAGGAAGGGGAAAAGGACAGGGUGAGGGGCCAAAUCUCACUCAACCUGGGGGGAUCCCAUCGGCGGCUCUUGUCCAGCAGCGCCUCAGGCCUGGCCCUGCAGGAGUGUCCUGGGUCAGCUAGAGGGUGUGGGCUGGGCCUGGGCCCAACGCCCAGAUGACUGGACAGGGGCCGCCCGGGCCACAAGCCCAGGCCUGAAGGAGGAGGGGAGAACCUCACGUGUCUAGCCAGGCUCCCCCACUCCCCAUUACUGUGUUUGGGGUGAAAACAGACUGAGUAACUAUGGCAACCUGGAACCAGGGCUCCCAGGAACUAGGCCUCUCCUCCCUCCGGAGCACAGCCCUAGCUUUUCGGCUUCCCUGUCCCCACAUCCCUCGAGGCUUAUCCAGGCCCAGUGCAAGAGCAAGGAUUUGGGAGACAGAUCACCUGAGUUGGAUUCCCUGCUUUACCUUUCAUUAGUGGAUGCCCUUGAUAUGUAACUUAAACACUUGGGGCCUUAGUUUCCUCAUCUGUAAAGCAGAAUACUCCUACCUACUUCUCAGGGUUGGUGUAAGGGUAAAAGAUAUUCACGUGCCUGGUCCCUGGAAGGUGCACCUGUCCCUUGUUCCUUACACCUUUCUCUUUGCAUUUACACUGUCCUUUUCUCCUCUAUUCCACUCUUAAUCCCAACUAGGUUCAUCACUGUUUCAUUGUCCCAUCUCUCUCUGUACUGACCCCAGCUCAGGAAAGUGCUUGAGUGUUGGCAUCUCAGACUUGGGGCCCUGAGGUGGGGCCUGCAACGCAUCUGGCUGAGUGGCAGGGGACAGCUGGCACCUUGAUGUGAACUGGCAGUCGACACUAUUGGCCCAGUGAGUGGAGUGGUGGAAAGGAUCAGGAGAGGCAUGGAGCAGGGGUGUGCAAGGCAGGAAGGUGAAGGCAGGUCAGUCUCUGGCUGCCGCCCUCCAGGCCCAUGUGGCUCUGCAGCCACAGCCUUAUCCCAGGCCACCUCAGUGUAUGGCCACUGUCACUCCUGCACCUCCUGUUGGCCCCUCCUGUCCCAGGCCCACUUUGUCUUUCUGUUGGGCCGCUUUCCUUCCUCAGGAUCCGGCCUUUUGUUCCUCUUAUCCUCCCUGACCCAUUGCCUCUGCCUCUUUGCACCAAAUUCCUUUCCUUUCCCGCCUCUCUUUGCCCUCUGUCCCACUGGGAGCCCUCACCUUCUCUUUUGGACUCUUCGGUCUAUGUUCAUCUUGUUGUUUCUUGUCCCUUUUGUGUUUUGCCCUUCCUCCCUCCUGUUCCACUCUCUCUUCCCUUUCUUUUUACUUGUUCUUCUCACCUCCUCCUGCUGCUGACCCUGUGCUCAACUCCUCCCUUUUCAUGCCACCCCCUCCCCGGUCCUGUUCCUCUGUCCACAUUCCUUGUCCUGUGGGGCGACUUCCUCUCCUCUCCCCCGCUUCAGCCCUCUCCCCCUUCCUCCCCCUUCACCACUGCAAUCCCCCGUCCUCUUCCCAGCUGUGGGGGCCAGGACUAGAGAGCCUAAUGCUUGCCUCAUCGUUCUGCUAUGGCUUCUGGAUACAGCACAUCUGGAUUCGGGGGCCCAGAUGUGUGGUUGCCACAGCGACCUCAGUCCCUCUGGUAAAUACAGGCGCCCACCCGCCCCAGAGCAGAGAACAAAACAAUUGUGUGACUUUCUUUUGUCACGAGAUAGAAAUGUCCUCCCCCCUCCCUUCUCCCCACACCCGUGUCUCCAGGCAAAGGAAGUUUUAUGGGUCCAAAUCCUUCCUUCUGUGGCUCUGUGGCCCCCUUUUCAGCCCCAGCCUCGUGGUUCUCUUCCAUCUCAUGUCAGGCUGUCUCCUCUCUCUGAGCUCCCCUUCCUCACCAUCUCCCAGUCCCACCCCUCAGUAGUGGAAUGUUGAGUCCCCUAUCUUAAACUUGGUGGUUUCUUACCAAAUCUGCAUAGCAACUGAAUGCAGAAAAAAGUUCUAGAAAUCCAGAUCUUCUACCCUUCCUUCUCAAACAAGUUCUUCCAGAAGCCCCUUCAUUUGUUUCUGCCCUAAGCCUUGCAUCUUUCCAAGGCUGUUCCUGGGGAAGGGGAGAGAAUACAUGCUUUGGAAUCAGAAAAUCUGGGUUGAGGCUCACCUUUAUCACCACUAGCAAAGUCCCUUGGACAAGUCACCUAAUGUCUGUGACCCUCCAUUUCCUCAGCCACAAAGUGGGAUUGAUCAAAUGCCUGCACUGUGUUGGAAAGUGUUUUGUCAACGGAAGCCCAGUACAACUGUUUUUCUCUCUUCCCCCUCUCUGGGACUGCUCCCUUGGAUCACAGCCCCUGGCCUCUCUUCAUUCCUUCUCUUCUCCUUCAGGUCCUUGCCCUUAAUUGCCCUCAUUCUUUUUCUUCCCUCCCUUCUCCUGGUCUUUCCUUUCCUUCCUGUCUGUAUCUUUUCUCCCAUAUCCUCCUGAGGUCAGGACAGGGACAUGGAGGUUCUUUCAAGGAUGAGCGCCCAGAGCUGAAGACACCUGGACUGAGGAUUCUGAGACCACAAGCCAGAGCAUGUGGACAGUUGUCAGCAACACCGAUCUUUCUACCGUCACCUGAAACACCUCAGUGAAGGCAACGGGCUCUGACCAUUAGGUCUGGGGCUCCUGCCAGACUCCCUUUCCCCAUCCUUCUCACCCAGUCUUUUCAUAACUCAACAGUGACAAGAAUUCAUUAGGCACCUGUGCGAUGCAAUGUCUGUGCUUUACUGAUGAAAUGCAAACAUGUAAGACGGGAGCUCCUCCAAGAGCUGGAAAUCCAGGGGGUGAAUCAAAUUUUAGACAAUGAUGAUCUCAGAAACUGGAAUUAUGUCUGUUAAGCCUACAGUGGCUUCUCCAAAUGCCUUGUAACCUUGUAAAUGUUUGCAAUCCCAUUCUGUUCUCUGAGAUUCGUAUCCCAUCUGUUCCUAGUCGUGGACUUCCAGAACACCCCACAGCCAUCCUUCGAGUUCUCACAUCUCCAGGGGCUCCUGGCCACUCUGUGGGACAAGUAUACUUAUGGUGGCCGUACUUAGUAAAUCAUAAAACCAAGAAUAAGACAUAGGAAGAACAAUGGCUAUAACCGUGAGACGGAAUUACCAAAAUCUGGGAAUGUGAGAGAAAAUUCAUCCUCUGUGCAGUCUGUUCUCCCCAAAUAAUGCUGUUUCAGACUCUCCCUCCCCACUCUUUCAUGUGCUUCCCCCCAGCCCUCCCAAUCAGAGGGAAGCUAUUACCCACUCCAGGCUCUGGGGGCUUUGGGCCAAGGCAGAGGAAGGAAGCUGAGCCCAGUUCCGUCCAAGAUGCUGACUUCAUCCUCCCCAUCAAAGCCAGGAAAAAAACAGCCACACACACACCCAGACACACACGGGGACACCCACGCGAGGGUCCAUGCAAGCCUUUGCCCUCGGCCACAGGGAGCUAACUGGCCAUGUGGCAGCCAUACACUGUGCCAGUGUGCCCUGAUGCAGGAACAACACACACCUGUAACCAGGGGGAUCCAGUCUGGGGUGCAGACACCCGUGCCCCAACCUAAGUGGCAGAUGGGCACAUACAGGCUCCUCCAGGUCCCUUUCACCCAUCACCUGUGACUAGGCCAAGCUACUCCCUGAUGAUAAGGUUGGUAGCGAGGUAGCAAGAACUCAAUCCCUGUGAAACCUGGUGGGGUUGCCUCACCCUGGAUACUUCUGUGACAAAAGUCUUCUUUUCAGCCCAUCGUAAGGGUAGGGAGCACAAAGGGAUAUGGAGCCAGAGAAAGAGCCAUCCUUAUGUGGGAGUGUCUGCUGCCCUGUCCUCUGGUAUCAGUCUUCCUGUCUCUGCCUGAGGUCAAAGUGCUUUCUUUCCUGAGCCCCCAACUCUUCCUACCUCUGCUCUUGCUCCCCUGUAGCACCCGAACAACAUCAGCUCCUUUCAGCUUUCUGCUGACUACACCCUCCCAUUCAUUACCCCCCCCCCAUAUCUGCCUCCCGCCUCUAGCUCUGUCUCCCUCCCUAAGCCUCCCUCCUAAAUUUCCAGCUUCUCUUCCCUGUCUCUCCUGAACCCCAACUUCCUUCCCAAGUCAUAUAUCUUGGUGCUCAGCCAAGCACUCAAGCCUCAUCUGCCAUUUCUCUAGAAUUUGCUGAGGUAGGUGAAUGAAAAGAGGGCAAUGAUCCCAAGCUGAGAACAGGUGGACUGACCAGAACGGAUGGGAGAGGCAGUGUAAGGACAGGGCCAGCAGAAAAGAUAGGAGAGGAAGAGACAGGUGCAGGUGGAAGCAAAGGGACCAGGCAGGAAAGGGUCGAGGGGGGCUUCCUUCACCCCUGCCCCUGCCCCACACUCCCAGGAAAGAAUGGCAGUGGCUGGGGUGGGGAAGGGGGAGUGGGGGAGCAGAGAAAGAACCGGUGCUGGGCAACAGGCAAGAGGGACAGGAUCCAAGCUGGAGCAAAGUGGGAGCAGGGCAGAGGUGGGAAAGGAGGUGCCAGGGAGGGAGGAGGAAGAGGGGCUGGCCAAGAGGAAGGGUGCUGGUAGAGAGGAGAACCCAGUGAGAGAGCAGGAGCAACAGGUGGGGAAAUGGUGGGGGGAAAGGAGAAAUGGCAUAAGGGAUUGGGGAUGUCAGGUUGGGCAAAAACUAGGGUGGGGAGGAAGAGUAAAAAUGGGACAGGGAAAGGGUGUGGGAGGUAGGACCAGGGAUGCAGGAGGCAAGACGGUAUUGUGAGACUCGGUGAUCCCAGACAGGGAGGGGAGGAGGGGUGGCAUUCGAUGACGUUGGGAAGGCCUGGCAGGGACUGGAGGGGUGGGAGGACCUGCCCUAUCUCCGCUCCCCUCCCUGACCUCAUGCUGGUCCUCCCCUUCUCCUCCCCCUGCUCACUGCAGGCUCCCUCCUUCUUGCUGUCGCUGCCGAGAUCGACGGUCGGGUCGCAGCUCCGUGAGCCCCUGCUGCAGGGAGCAAGCAAGGGGACCUCCAAGGAGCUCAGGGCUGCCAAGACACGGUAGCUCUGCCCUGUCUUGAGAACUCCCCUCACAAGGUCAGGGACAGAGCAGGUGCAGAGGCACUGCAGCCGCUUGUUGCCCAGCUGCCCCCUGAGCCAGCGAGAAAUCAGCUUUCUUAGGCAUCACCCAAUGAAUACGUGUGGAGGAGCCGCGAAGAGGAGAUUGUGCGCACACACACCUGUGCACACACUCACACAUGCGUGCCUGCAAAGUUGCAGGUUUAUUUGUGUAUAAGUGUGUUCAUGCUUGUAUUUGUGGAUGAGUGCACACUCAGGUAUAUUUGGAUGUGUACAUGUGUUUAUGUGUGCAUGCACCCCUUGGUUUGCAUGGCCUUAGACACAGAGUGACAGGAUUUGAGGGUGGGUCAGAGCCCACCUUGUACCCAAGGCUACACUCCAAGCUGACAGAAGGGCCGAGGGGCCCAGGGAAGGGCAGCUGUCUGCAGGCCAGGCCUCUCUGCCUGGACCUUCUCCGGCAUGGUGCCUCUUAGUGUGGAAAUGCUCUUUCACUGUUGUCCAGCUUUCCUUCCGUCUCUCCUGGGCUGGUGGCGGGGAGCCCUGAAAACUCCCUUUUCUCAGACUCAAGAAGUUUAUGGGUAGGAAGCCAGGAAAUGUGUGUGUGUUGGUCACCGUCCCUUCCCUCCUCGCCGGUCAGCGUUUCCACACUCACCCUGCCCUCCUCUCUCCAGUCUCUGGUCCAGAAGAGCUGGGCGCCUGCCUACACCUCUCCUUAACCCUUCACCUGGACUGAACCCUCCAUGUCCCUUUGCCGCAGCCCCCUGCCCUGGCUCACCCUGAACACCUCUUUUCUUUCUGUGCGGCCCAAUCCUUGCUUCAGUGGAUUCCACAAACAGCUGGAUACCAGCACCUAGAUCAAGACACAGGAUAUUCUUGGCACCUCAGAAUUUCCCCACUAUGCCCUUCUGGUCGCUACUCCCCCAAGAGCACCACACCUCUGACCUGUAACACUACCAAUUAACAUUGUCCCUCCUCAGACUUCAUAUAAAUACAAUUUUACAGCA